AUGCCGCUCGCCGCCGCGAGCGAGGAGCGUCAAUCGCUCAUUCAUCGCCCUCGAGAGCCCGCGUCGUGCGACGCGUCGUCGUCGUACUUCGAUGAAGACGCGCGCGAGCGCUCGACCGCGAGGCGGCUCCGAGCGUUCGGUCUCGGCGCGUUCACCGUCGCGCUCGUCGCGUGCGGGGCGCUGACGGUGGACAUGGCGCGUCACGUGGCGAAGACACGGACGAGGGCGACGACGGCGUCGCUCGGGGCGCCGCGAUCGGUCGUCGGGUCGAGGAUUUGGACGCCGAACGUCCCGCGCGAUCAAGUCAACACCCAGGCGUUGGCGAUGGCGGAGAUGGAUCAGUACCCACUCACGGGGAAGGAGUUGGAGGAGGCGAAACGAGAGACGCAGGAUAAGUUAUUUCCGAUGUAUGACGAGCGAAGGUACUUGGACGGGGCGUCGCGCAGGCGAAGGAAGUUGGAGACGCCCGUGUACGUCAUCUCCGUGUCGAAUUCCACCGUGGACUCGAAACACGCCAACGUUAUCGUCAGCAGCCUCAUGCGAUUGUAUGAGCUCAAUAGUACGAAUCGGAAUUUAGUCCAGGUGCAAGAGGCGGUGUAUCCCGUGAAAUGGCCGCAAACGCUCGAUCUGGCCGAAGAGGCGGUCGAGGAGCUCAAACGGCGUCAUCCAAACCAGCACUAUCACUGGUUCGAUAACCUGGAGGUGGCGAAAAGCCAUGGCGGCACGCUUCCUAGGGGUUUGGGAUUCCUUUCGCAUCAUAUCGGGUGCUUGUUCUCGCACAUGCGCAUGUGGCGCUUGCAUCAGAAGAAUCUGAACAAGUGGACGAUCAUUUACGAGAGCGACGGUUGGUGGAAUCAGCACGUGAACGGCGCCUCGCUGCAGAGUGUCGUGGACAACGCCCCGGAGCACGCGGACGUGAUUUUCCUUCACCCCAAUAGUCCCGCGUCCGGUCAGUUCGUGAAGCAGUGGCCGAGCGGUAAAGGUAUGAAUUACAUGUACCAGUACAACAAAGUUCUGGGCGCCGCCGGAUUACAGGCGUACAUGAUCGGUCCACAGUUCACAGAGAAGAUUCUAGAUCUGAUUCAUUACCUCCGCGGUGCGGACAUGGUGGACGCGUGGUUGCUGUUGAACAUCUGUGGGCGUCGGGACGAUCGCUACGCGACAAAAAAGAUGAGGCUCAACUGCUACCACGUACAGGACAAGAUCAAACCGCCGCACGAAAUCGGUGGCUACCUCCCAGACUGGUACAGUCCGCACGAGCAUACCGCACGCACGACAGAUAACUGGCCGAAAUUUUUAGAGUACCACAUGCGCGGUGAUCUGUACGAGCAGUCACGAAGCGAGAGGUACGCGAAUUUUCUCGCCGGGAACGAAACCGGGUGGGGUCGAUUCAACGACCAAGAGGCGCGCGAGCGCGCGGCGAAGAAAGAGCUCGCCAAGAUGGCUGAAAAGGCGCGCAAGGGCGAAGUCAAUCUCACGCAGCCGCAGCUCGGGAGAAUUCAUCGCUUCUUCGGCCGAUCGCGAGCGGUGUAG